AGAGUUGUCUAACAAACCGACCUUAGCUCAGUUGGUAGAGCGGAGGACUGUAGUUGUUGCUGAAAUCCUUAGGUCGCUGGUUCGAAUCCGGCAGGUCGGAGUACUUUUUUCAAUUUUGUUAUCCUUCACCUCAGCGCAUUUUAGCAUUCCUUAGCUUAACGUGUACCGGAAAAAAAUUAACUAUAAGACUUACCAAAAUUCAGCUACUGUAUUCAAUUCCAAGCGAAAAUUUGCUUAAUGGCAAAUCCAUUGCGAUUGUAUCUGACAUGCAUAAGAAACACGCUCGAAGCAGCAAUGUGUCUUCAGAAUUUCCCAUGCCAAGAAGUAGAGAGGCAUAACAAACCGGAGGUUGAACUAAAGACAAGCCCAGAACUUCUUCUCAAUCCUGUUACGAUUUGUAGAAAUGAGGCUGAAAAGUGUUUGAUUGAGACAUCUAUAAAUUCCCUAAGAAUAAGUCUAAAGGUGAAACAGACAGAUGAACUUGAAAAUAUACUAACGAAGAAGUUUCUUAGAUUUUUGUCGAUGAGAGCAGAAGCAUUUCAGGUGUUGAGGAGAAAGCCUGUUGAGGGCUACGACAUUAGUUUUCUCAUCACAAAUUAUCAUUGUGAAGACAUGCAGAAGCAGAAGCUUAUUGAUUUCAUCGUGCAAUUCAUGGAGGACAUCGAUAAGGAGAUCAGCGAACUGAAACUGUCAGUGAAUACGCGAGGGAGGCUUGUCGCUACAGAGUUUCUAAAGCAAUUCAUCUGAUGCUUCCUUUUCGUCGUAACUAGAAUAUAUAUUCAUUUUUAUUCCUCUGCUUGAAGCUAUAUAUUACAGAAAUUUUCUUAUUGUUAUUGCAUCAAUGAGAUCUCCCGUUUUCUUCACUUAUGUAAGUUUUUCAAUUACAUUAUAUUAAGACCUUGUAGUCCUAAGGUUAACCUUUGGUUAUGAUGUAUAAAGACUUUCAGUUGAUAUUUGAA